CAGGAUACUGGAGUGAGUCUACGAUAUUGCUGUAUAAAACUAUCUGUGGACCUUAUCUGAUCAAUAAACCUAAGCAUGGCGGAAAAACUAGUGAAUCAAAGCAUUCUUGUGCUGGUUUUGCUAUCCACGGUUGGUAAGACAGUGUCUGCUAUACCAUCAAAUGUGAGGAAAUCCUUGAAUAUAGUCAAGGAGAUAAACAGGAGAGGGCCAUAUAUUGGCCUGAUCACUGUGUUUGCAACUGAAGAGAAUGCCUUUUUUGGAACUGGAGCUUUCAAGCCUAAGCCAAAGCAUCCAUUUGUGGAUUUGUCAGGACGGAGAUUCCGGAUCGGUAAGAUCUUCCAAAAGAAUGUAAUCUAUGUGAGAUGCGGGAUUGGAAUGGUCAAUGCGGCUGCAGCAACACAACAAAUGCUGGAUGUGUUUGACAUAUCAGGAAUAAUCCAUUUUGGCAUUGCAGGCAAUCUAAACGAUUCCAUGUCGAUUGGAGAUGUCACCAUUCCCAAACAGUUUGCUAAUACUGGUGUUUGGAAUUGGAUGAACAUCAAUGGAUCAGUAGAUCCCGUCGAUGUUGCUCACUUGAAUAUUGGAAGCUAUAAUGUACCAGAAGGCAAUGAAACUAAUAUGUUGGGUGAGAUUGGAUAUAGUCCUGAGCAGAUGUUUUCCGAGUCCGGGGGCGGGGAGCCUACUUCCAUUGUGAGACUGUUUUGGUUGCAAGUGAGUCACCAUUGGAUUAGGCUUGCUGCUGGCUUGGAGGGGAUGGAAUUGGAACAAUGUGUGAAUACCACCAUGUGCCUUCCCCAGAAGCCCAAGCUAGUUGUUGGACUGAAAGGCUCCACAGCCAACACUUUUGUGGACAAUGGAGCUUACAGGUACUUUCUUUAUAAGACUUUUGAGGUUUCAUCUGCAGAUAUGGAGAGUUCUGCUAUAGUCAUGACGAGCUUGUCCAAUGGUUUUCCUAUGAUAGUCAUCCGAGGAAUAUCAGAUCUUGCUGGAAAGCAGUCGGGAGAUAACGCAUGGAGCACUUUUGGAUCACUUGCAGCUCUUAAUUGUGUCAAAGCUGUUCUUCAGUUCAUCCGCAAGCUACCACAAGAUUCUUCAGCUGGAUGCUAGAUUGCUAGUUCAACAAUGUAUUCUGUUCAGGUGUCUGAUUGCUUUUAAGAAACAAGAGUAACCAUCACAAGUUCACAAUUCGAUAUAAAAGCAAACAGUUUUUGUUGCUGGUAGAAG